AUGGAUUCCAAAAAAGCAAUCAUCAUCCUUGGCCUAUUGGCCAUGGUUCUUCUUAUUUCAUCGGAGGUGUCUGCUAGGGACUUAACUGAUACUUCCACUAGUACCAAAGAGAAGGUUGUUGAAAAGUCAAAUGAAGUAAACGAUGCUAAAUAUUAUGGUGGAGGUUACGGUGGUUACGGAGGCUAUGGUGGAGGCUAUGGUGGUUACCGUGGAGGCUACGGUGGUUACAAUGGUGGCUAUGGUGGUUACCGUGGUGGCUAUGGUGGUUACAAUGGUGGCUACGGUGGAUACCGUGGUGGUUAUGGUGGUUACAAUGGUGGUGGAGGAGGCUACGGUUAUGGCGGUGGAGGUGGUUUCAGUGGUGGUGUUUCCGACAAUGGUAACUAA